AUGAUUCGAAUGAUCAAGGGCAUUUUCUCGUCCUCUAUCCCGACUUCCAGUAACGUCGUCAAGGAAGAGGAACAAGACGAGGAAUUGGAUUCUGAUGCGCAAAGAGAUCUCCCGAACUUUGAGGACGACCAACACCUACAAACCCAAGAUCAAGACGAGCGAGCACACGCAGAUGCAGGCACAGGCGCAAUGGAUCCUCCGAGCAGUUUCGUGAACAAAACAUCCAAGGCGGUCAAUGGAGAGCUUGCCAGUUCGAGCGCGAUGAAGAGCAGUGGGACGAAAAAGAACAAGAGCAAGGACACCAUCGACGCGCGCCGUAUAAAGAACCAGAAAAGGAAAGAGAAGAAGAAGCAAAAGAAGCGGGAUUCUUCUGCACUGGAUUCCUCCGCCAUGGAGUCCUCCGUCAUGGGCAAGGAAACCGAGGCGCAAGGAAUCAACGAUAGAGGGGCAAACAAAGCUGUGGCUGCAGAGGCAGAUCGAAGUUUUGUUUCCCCAGACCUAUCCAGGACUAUGAUGAGUCUAUUUGGCGACGAGCCUGCCACAAAGCAGGUUACGGAGACGCCCAAAGCAAAGAGACCCAAAAAGUCAAAAAGCUCCUCGAAGAAGCAACUGAACGCCCAGACCCACGAAGCUAAUGGACUCGCAUCUCAGAUACCUGAAGAACCUGCUUCCGUGGAUGAGGAGACCCAGGACUUGCGGACUCUGAUUAGAAAGGAGCAAUUGGCAAAACGCAAGGAGAAAAAGACAAAACGAGCUACAAGUGCAGUGGAUUCGGAGGGAUCUGCGUCAAAUCAGAGGUCACAGUCAACUGAGCUGAGCCUUGCCGAAAAGAUCAAGAAGGCGAAGCAGAAGGCACGAUUGUCUCCUCGAAAACCAUCUCAAGAAAGCAUUGCUGCUCUACAAGACGAAGAUGACUCUGAGGCCCUUCUACAUCAACCACUCACACCUGCUCUGAUCAACUCCUCGAGACCAGACACACCAGUUCAGCCAACCCAAGAAGACAUCGCAGAAGCAGAGGCACAAAUUCAGAGCAAUGCGUGGUCUACAGGGCAGGUAGAUCCGGACCCAGAGGAUGACGACGAUGAAGCGCCGGAACGACCGUCCAAGAAAGCUUUGGGCAAGAGAAAAGCUUCGAACACAGCCCUCGAAUCGAAUUCCAAGCGCAAGAAAUCAAAGAAAGCGGCAGAAACCACACCCAAAUUGACUACGUACGGUUUUGUGGCAGGGAGCGAUGAAAUGCCACGCGAUCGGUCGCCUUCGGUGUCUAUCGAUGCUUCAUUGCUUGCUCGAGAGGCUGCCAGCAUGUAUGCAAGCCAGAUGGAUAUGGAACGCACUUCUCCAAUUCUGCAAGCCCCAGCUUCGAGUCUUGCAUAUACUUCCAGCCAGCAACGAAGACCAACGCCUGCAUUCACGCCCGUCAACCCGCGCAGACCACUGGCUGCUGUUGUAAUUCCCGCACCAGCAAAAGAUCCCUACGAACUUCCUCCUUCAUCUCAACCACAUCCCGAAUCAGAACCAGAAUUACCUCAAAAAGCCCCCACUUCUACUGAACGACGUAAGCGACGCCUUCCCAUUGGUGAUGCAGAAUCAUCGAAAGUCAAUGGAAGUGGCAACAGCGCUCGACGACGGAAGAGCGAGGUGGCUAGCCGAGCUAUCAAAUCCACGACUCCCAAAUCCUCAGCAUCGAAAGUCAAGAUUCCAAAGUCUAGGACACCCAAAGCCCCUGCCAGCUCACAGGCCACUCCUGCAUCAAAGGGUCACCGGCUUCCAGAUGAUGAUGUCAAGGCCAUCGCUGAAGCUGUAGAAACCUAUAGGGAAGAUAAUGACCUGAGAGAGGUUGAUCUCAACGCAAUCGUUCAAGGGCAAAUCUCCAAUAAAGAGAGCGCCAGGGAGUUCUGGGCUUAUUUGUAUGAACAAGUCCCAGACGUGCCGAAGACAAAGGUUCAGAACCAUUGCAGACGCAAUUUCCACAACUUUGAAGCUCGUGGCACGUGGACUGCAGAGGCAGAUCAGGAUCUGAGAGAUGCCUAUGAGAGAAAUCCAGGAAAGUGGAAGCAGAUUGGUGCGGAGCUCAAUAGAUUCUCGGAAGAUUGCCGCGAUCGAUGGAGAAAUUAUCUUAUCUGUGGAGAUAACCAGAAAAAGGCUACAUGGGAGAAGGAAGAGGAAGAGAGAUUGAGGGACGUAGUGGAGGAACUUCUGGUGCGCAUACGUGAGGACGAGAACAGAGAGCCUGACGAUGCCAGGGAAGAUGAUUACAUCAAGCUGGACUGGGUGAAAGCUAGUGCCAUGAUGGGACACACCAGAAGUCGUCUUCAAUGCAGUAUCAAGUGGAAGAAGAUUCAAGAGCGAGAGGAUGCAGGUAUCGAGGAUCCAGUCGCCUUUCAACCCAUAUCUACGGCAGCUUGGCGUCUCGAGGAUGCCGAAAGGAAUGCCCGCAGGAUGAAAGCUCGGGAUAAACUUGAUCUGCUCUAUCAAAUUCGCGAGAGCAAGGCCGGUAGUGAAGGCAAAAUUCCGUGGCUUCCCAUUCAACAGGAGCUUGGCCUCAAAGGUAAGAAGAUGGCCUUGCAUGUUUGCUACAGGAACCUCAAGGAACAUAUACCCGACAGCGAUGAGAUGAAACUCCAGGAUGUUGUGUCAGUUCUCAUCGAUCUUUACGAAGCAGCUGCUCCAGGAGAACCGCAAGGCUUCAAGAAAUUCUUUUCGCCUUCCAGGUACAACAAGUUUGAUAUGGAUGAGAACGACAGCAACGAAGCUUUCAAGAGGGCCAAGAAGAGAAGAACUUCUAGUGCUAAAGUGGGCGUGGACAAUGGUGAAGGACCCAGCACCAAGCCUGCACGCCUCCGUUUGGCCAAAGGCAAGAAGGCUGCUAUGCUUUCUGAGAUGGACCGCGACAAUGACCACACACCCGCAAAGAAUUCACCUAAGAAGUUCCGAUCCCGCAUGAAGGCAGCGGGUCAGAAGGAGAGUCAGGAAACUGCUACGGAUCACUUGGAGUCUGCUGAUGAUCUUGGUGCAGCUUUUGAAGCCGUCAAGAGCAGCCAGGGUCGGUCUCCCCGUGUCGCUAAGAAGCCUCUCAUGGCUGCCAGAACGUCGAAAAGCGUGAAGCGCCUAAGUGCAAAACGAGUUUAUGACAGUGAUUCUGAUGAGGAGCCAAUGGCUACCGAGGCGUCAACACCAAAGGCAGCCGCAGCAACUCAAAGGGAGGAGCAACUUGAUGAAGAUGAUCACUCAGACGAGGAGAUGCAGCAAAAUGGCAGAUAUCACCCUUACCCAGAUCUACCUCGAACCCGACAGGAAGUCCCCGAGUCUGACAUCAAUAUGGGCAAUGCGCCAUCUGCCGCCGAAGUUCAACUUGACUCUGAGUACGAAGCUGACGAUCAGGAAUACCCUUCCAAUACCCACGACCAAGCGAGCAUCGACCUGGAUGCUGAACCCCAGUAUGGAACUGCAAAUGGUGCUCGUAAUGGCAUGAAUAGCGAUAGUGACGACGAGGAGAGUGUUGAUUACGGCCGAGCCCGUCUCAGAUCUGAGAGCUUCGAUCUCGAUAACACACCACGCGCAGGACUCACAAACGGCAAUCAUAACGAAGGCUCAGAUGAUGAGAGUGCUGUCGGUAUUGGUACAACUUCCGGUCAAAAAUUUCGCUUCCUGCGCAGCCCCUCCAGGGACUCCAAUGGUGGCAGUUCUUCCGCUUCGGAUAUUCCUGCCGUAAUCUAG